AUGACCCAAAACUCACCCAGCAACUCAUCUGAAUCUGAAUCCAACGACUCCAACCAACCAGAACCUCCAACCAGCAGCCUCUACGAGUUUGUUUCCAGUCUCAUCUCACCUGCUGCAGCAAACGUUUCUGGUGAUCCAGACUCUCUAACCUUCUCGUUCGAUUCCAACCAACAUGACGCCGAAACCAACAUGGCUGAACCUGCCCCCACCAUCGCUCAGACUUUCACUCAAGACCAGCUCCUUGAACUCCUGAGGGCCGCUGGACGACAGCGGGAUGCAUUUCCUACUCUCAAGCAGCCCAGGGUCGGAGGACUCAAUGCGACUGGAGCUUGGACUGGACAUGGAGUCGGCGGCGAAGGAACUUCUCCCAUGAGCGCCCAGUGCAUGAGAGACUUCAAGACGGAUGUAAUCAAGAACCAUCAGGCUCUCUCUCCCAUCGAACUGAAGUGCAAAGAGGGACUGAGUGGCUCACCCGACCUUCUGUUUAAUCUCCCUGGUGAACCAAACGCGGAUAAGGUAGUGCCAUCGCUUAUUGCUCUAAGCGAGUUCAUGAUCUCAGUUGGUAUGGAAAGCGUCUUUAGAAUCAUUCAGACCGAUGGCACUCAGUUGGACAUCCUUCUCCAAUUUGGUAUGGUUUCCAGCGACAUUGAGCGAACCUGGCAUAAGGAUCUAACUGUCAAUGGAGUUAUCAAAGUUGAUGAUCAGGGCCGUCCUGUCAUGGCCAACGGUGCUGUCGAUCGUUUUGCUCAGUGCUCAUAUGAUGCCCAGAACCUGCAUUGGUCGGGUGAAGCUGUGCUCAACUCUUGUUCGCCAACACUCAUGUAG